GAUAUAACGACUUCCUGUCUGUAAAUGAAAGUGAAAGCGAUUUAAACCUGAAGUCGCCAUUUUGUCAAGAAACACGAGUAUGAUUCGGGAAAAAUAAAAAGAUAUUUUUAUUGCCAGAGGCCCCAGCAGGAAUCAACUGGCCCUGAUUGGCACAGUAAUGGAGAAGGAGAGAGGAAAACGAAGAGCUGCUUCUGAAAAGCGCCCCCCUGUGGGGUGUAAGAGAAAGAACCCUGAGAGUGUCCUGAUGAAGAGAGCAGACUCCCCUGUACCCAGCUGUGUUUCCCUGAAGAGUGACUGGUCAAUGGAGCCCCCAAUCGCCUUCAGAGAGGGACCUUUUCCUACAGAUCAAAGUGUCCUGAUGGAGAGAGCAGACUCCCCUGUACCCAGCUGUGUUUCCAUGAAGAGUGACAGGUCAAUGCAUCAACCACUCGCCUUCAGAGAGGGACCUUUUCCUACAGAUCAAAGAGACCAAAUGGAAGAAUGCAGUUCAAAUCGACAUGAUAAAUUGAGUUUAUCAUCCAUAUUGAAGUCGCUAGAGGAAAAAACCAUGAAGUUCCUAAAGGACGAGCUGAAGACGUUUGUGAGGCACCUAGAUCAGAAUUACCCAGAAUGCUCUGAGCCUCAGCUGGAGGAGGACAAUGACCUGGACUGUGAUGGUCAGAUGCAGAAGACCAGUGUUAGAGAGGUAGCUCUGAAGAUCACACUGUACAUCCUGAGGACCAUGAAGCAAAAUGAUCUUGCUGACAUGCUGGACAAGAGACAGCUCAUGCUACAGGAAUUCAAAGUUAAACUUAAGAAGCAAUUUGAGUGUGUAUUUGAAGGGAAAGCUAAGGAAGGACAGCCAACACUUCUCAGUGAGAUUUACACAGAACUCUACAUAACUGAAGGUGGGACUGGAGCAGUCAAUGAUGAACAUGAAGUGAGACAGAUUGAAACAGCAUCCAAGAAAAGGCGAACAGAAGAUACUACAGUCAAGUGCAAUGAUAUAUUUAAACCCUUAUGUGGACGUGAGGCACCUAUCAGAACUGUACUCACUAAAGGGGUGGCAGGUAUCGGGAAAACAGUCUCUGUGCAGAAAUUUAUUCUUGACUGGGCAGAAGGAAAAGCAAACCAGGAUGUUCACUUCAUAUUUGCUCUUCCUUUCCGGGACCUGAAUUUCAUUAAGGGUGAAUACAGUCUGAUUGAACUGCUUCACCACUUUGUCCCAGAACUGAAAUCAUUUGAAUCCACUGAGCUGUUUAGGUACAAAGUCUUGUUCAUCUUUGAUGGUCUGGAUGAGUGUCGCCUUACUCUCGAUUUUCAGAACAAUGAGAGCUGGUUUGAUGUAACAAAGAAAACGUCACUGGAUGUGCUGUUGACUAACCUCAUUAAGGGGAAUCUACUCCCAUCCGCUCUCCUCUGGAUAACCUCCAGGCCAGCAGCAGCCAAUCAGAUACCUCCUGAGUGUGUCCACCAGGUGACAGAGAUACGAGGGUUCAGUGAUGCUCAGAAGGAGGAGUAUUUCAGGAAGAGAUUUAAUGAUCAGAGCCUGGCCAGCAGGAUUAUCACACAUGUGAAAUCAUCAAGGAGCCUCUUCAUCAUGUGCCACAUUCCUGUGUUCUGCUGGAUUUCAGCCACUGUGCUUAAGAGGCUUUUUAGUGAGAAUGACAGGGGAGAAAUUCCAAAGACUCUGACUGAAAUGUACACACACUUCCUGAUCUUUCAGACAAGUUUAAAAAAUGACAAGUAUAUGAAAAACCAUGAAACUGAGCUUAAGGAAUACAGCAAGGAAUUCCUUUUAAAACUCGGUAAACUGGCUUUUGACAACCUUGAGAAAGGCAAUCUCAUAUUUUAUGAACAAGACCUGACAGAGAAUGGCAUUGAUGUCGCUGAAACUUCAGUUUACUCUGGAGUGUGCACAGAAGUCUUUAAAGAGGAGUAUGGGUUGUACCAGGAGAAGGUGUACUGCUUUGUGCAUCUGAGCAUCCAGGAGUAUCUCGCUGCUUUAUAUGUGUUUCUGUCAAACUCAUCAGCUGACCUGCUGAAGACUGCAGUGGAUCAGGCAUUAAAGAGCAAGAAUGGACACUUGGACCUCUACCUCCGCUUCCUCCUGGGCCUCUCAACAGACUCCAGUAAGACUCUGUUACAAAGGCUACUGGGGCCGACAAGAAUCAGCUCACAUACCAUUAAGGAAACAACCCAAUACAUCCGUCCAUCCAUUUUCCAAACCACUUAUCCUUCUGAGUUGUGGGAAGUCCUGAGCCUAUCCCAGAAGCCAUGGGCACGAGACAGGGAACAACCCAGGAUGGGGGGCCAGCCCAUCACAGCAGCCCAAUACAUCAAGGAGAAAAUACAGGAGAAUUUAUCUCCAGAAAGGACCAUCAACCUGUUCCACUGUCUGACUGAACUGGGUGACAAUUCUCUAGUAGAAGAAGUACAAAGAUACCUGAAUUCAGGAAACAUUUCAGCAGAUGACCUCUCACCUGCACAGUACUCAGCUCUGGCCUUUGUGAUGCUGAUGUCAGAUGAGGAGCUGGAUGUGUUUGAUCUGAAGAAAUACACCAGAUCAGAUAAACAGCACUGCAGGCUGCUGCCUGUGGUCAAGAACUCCAGGACGGCUCUGCUGAACAGCUGUGAUCUCAUAGAUAAACACUGUGAAGUGCUGACUUCAACUCUAAGAUCAAACUCUUCCCCCCUGAGAGAGCUGGACCUGAGUGAUAAUAACCUGAAGGAUUUAGGAGUGAAGCUGCUCUCUGCUGCACUGGGGGACUUACACUGUAAACUGCAGAUAUUAAGGCUGUCAGGCUGUAGAGUCACAGAAGAAGGCUGUUCUUCCCUGGCUUCAGCUCUGAAGUCAAACCCCUCACACCUGAGAGAGCUGGACCUGAGCUACAAUCACCCAGGAGACUCAGGAGUGAAGCUGCUCUCUGCUGUACUGGAGGAUCCCAGCUGUAAACUGGAGAAGCUGAAUGUGGAUCACGGUGGAGAGUGCAGGACCAGACCAGGCUUACAGAAAUACUCCUGCCAGCUGACGCUGGACCCCAACACAGCAAACAGAUUCCUGUCUCUCUCAGGGGGGAACAGGAAGGUGACAGGGGGGGCAGAGCAGCCAUAUCCUGAUCAUCCAGAGAGAUUUGACAGAUGGAGCCAAGUUCUGUGCAGAGAGAGUCUGACUGGCCGCUGUUACUGGGAGGCUGAGUGGGAUGGAGAUGGAGCCUGGAUAGGAGUGACUUAUAAAGGGAUCAGGAGGAAAGGAGAGAGUGACUGUGGGCUUGGAGCCAAUAACAAGUCAUGGAGUCUGUACUGUGAUACUGACAGUUACUCUGUCCGGCACAAUAAGAAACACACUGUCAUACCCAUAAAGCCCUCAGGCUCCCACAGAGUAGGAGUGUAUCUGGACUGGGGGGCUGGUGCUCUGUCCUUCUACAGAGUCUCCUCUGAUGGACUGACCCCCCUGCACAGAUUCACCUCCUCAUUCACUGAGUCCCUCUAUCCAGGGUUUGGGGUUUAUCCAAACCCCCCGUGUCGCUGUGCAUGCUGGGAUAGCUCACUGUGUGCUGGAGGAAUCAUUUUUACCGUAUCAGAGUCUCACAUGUCGCUGCUUCUCCGUGGCAAAAAGCAGGGACAGGGAAGCUGGUCAGAGCUGAUGGGAAGAUGGAUGGAGCCAGAUACAGGGCAAUCUUGGAAGAAAACCUCUUGGAGUCUGCAAAAGACUUGAGACUGGGGCGCAGGUUCACCUUCCAGCAGGAAAACGACCCUAAACAUAAAGCCAGGGCAACCAUGGAAUGGUUUAAAACAAAACAUAUAUCCAUGUGUUAGAAUAGCCCAGUCAAAGUCCAGAUCUAAAUCCAAUCGAGAAUCUGGCAAGAUCUGAAAACUGCUGUUCACAAACGCUGUCCACCUAAUCUGACUGAACUGGAGCUGUUUUGCAAAGAAGAAUGGGCAAGGAUUUCAGUCUCUAGAUGUGCAAAACUGGUAAAGACAAACCCUAAAAGACUGGCAGCUGUAGUUGCAGCAAAAGGUGGUUCUACAAAGUAUUGACUCAGGGGGCUGAAUAAUUACGCACACCCCACUUUGCAGUUAUUUAUUUGUAAGAAAUGUUUGGAAUCAUAUAUGAUUUUCGUUCCACUUCUCACGUGUACACCACUUUGUAUUGGUCUUUCACGUGGAAUUCCAAUAAAAUUGAUUCAUGUUUGUGGCUGUAAUGUGACAAAAUGUGGAAAAGUUCAAGGGGGCCGAAUACUUUUACAAGCCACUGUAAACUACAGGCAUCACCCUAACGGUAAGAAGUGUGAUCCGCUUACGACUGACAUGCAGUAGAGACAGGAUCCCAUCCAACACGGGACCCACUAUAGGCUCACACAGAAAUAAAGGAGAAAAACACCAGCUGCCUUUUCCAAGCUGUUUACAUUCCUGCGCUUCCUCAUGGUGACAGUAACAGCCCGUGUCACAUGACCACUGUCAUGUCCUACCCAUCACACCUGCCUGACCCUCCUGUCUCCUCACUAGCGUGACCCUGAUGAUUCAUGCCUGUUGCUUGUUGCCCCUCGUUAGUCUUUGCAUUUAAUUAUCUAUUUGUCUCGUCAGCCCCAGUCCGGUCAUUGAUGUUAAACCUUCCUGCUGCCUGUGACCUUCCCGGUUGCCAGUCCUCCCAUUUGUGAUCCCUCACGAUCCUCUUUGUUUCCAGUCUCAGCCCAUCUAGUUCAGCAAACCCCCUUUUUGUUUCGCUACCAAGGAUGCAGAGAUGAGAGUCUUUUACCAAGCGUACGGUGUCCAGAGUGGAUGAGCAUGACCACAGUGAGAAGAGGAUCUGAUGGAUGGAGGACCUAAGUACCAUAAUCUUAGUAACGCAUGAGCAGAAUUGGACCAUAAGAGGAACUGGCCGGCUCCAUCUCACACAUGCUACGUGGGUGUAGAAGUUACUCAAAACCAUAUGGCUGAAAUCCUCCACAUGUGCAUUUUGAAUGUACUGGGCAUCAUGUUUUGAGCCUGUUUUAACCAUGAGAAUCCAGUGAGGGGCGGCUCAGUGGGUAACAGGGCUGCCUUGCAGCUGCAGUGUUGAAUGUUUCCAUCCUUCUCCUAUGCUGUCUGUGUGGCGUUUGUUUGCUCUCUUUAUCCCACAUGGGUUUCUUCCUGCAGUGACUCUGACAGGCUUCUGUAAAUUGCCCAGAGUCUAUGACUGUGAGUGUGCCAUGUGAUUAAAUGGCAUUGUAUCCAUGGUGGACCCCAGCUUUGUACACUGUGUUUCCUGUAAUUGGCUCUGGGAUACCCUUGUGAUAAGUGUUUGGAAGAUGGAUGCAUCACAUCUUAGUACUUGUGACGAUCUGUCCCGUCUCCUCCUGAUUGGGCCAGCAGAGCUCACUGCUGACACCCCGUAACUCUCCUAACCCUCCCC